GUUUUUGUCAUAGUCAAUGUUCUAGAUUUUAUCAUCCAGGCACUGUAAGGAAGUGUUUCUAUGAUUUAAAUUAAAAGUGAUAAACAACGACAAAAUCAAAACUCUUGGAUAGUCAGUAAAAAUUAUGGAAUGUGGAAUCUGUCUUGAGGAAUACCCUGAGGGCGACUUGCAACUGCAUCUAGCGAUGUGCGUGGUACGGUUGGUGUUCCGGUGCGCCCUUUGCGGUGGGGAUUAUAUGAGCAAGGAAGGACUGUGGAACCAUUUGGACCUGCAUGAGAUUGCAGAAGAAAGUAAGGAUUUACACUAUCAAGAAAUAAAAGCACCGCAUAAAUUGCAUCAAUGCACUCUGUGCAACGACCAACGUGCUUAUUCGGAGAGUCCCUACUGGAAGCACGUUCAUCAUGUUCACGAUGGCUUUUUCCUGCGGUGUUCUGAGUGUGGGGAAAACUUCCGAUCAGAAAAGCUUAAGAAUGACCAUUCUUUAAGUUAUUGUAAGGCCAGAGAUCGAUCCAUAACAUCGAAAACUGAUGAUCUGGAAUCUGUACAAAAGAUCAGUAACAUAAUAUUUCCGAUCAAAGCUGAAAAAAUCACUUCUAAUGUUGAACUAUCGCGAGAAGAGCAGAGCAAUAAAGCAAUCGAAGGCAAUGAUAUACCAUUACCUGGUGCAGAUUCUAGACAGAAUGAAUAUUCUCGUGCUAACUUGAAUGCUGAUGUCGAUGCAGGUAAUACUAUAGUAGAGAAAGAAAUCGGUGUAUCUCCUAUUGAUACGGCAGAAGAAAAGGAUUUUCCGUCACCUGUAGAGCCAUUCGUUUGUCAUAUCUGCGAAAUCACAUUUUCCUCUUAUCGUAAAGCCAAUUAUCAUAAGAGAAUUAAACACGGACGAUUGCAAAAAUGUCCGCAUUGUCCGAGAAUAAUCCAGAAAGAAGAAUAUCAAGCACACUUGGCAUUGUGUGCAAAGAAUCGCUUUCCAUGUGAAUUAUGUGAUUCAAAAUUCCAAGCUUCACGAUAUCUUACUGCGCAUAUGAAACGAGUUCAUUCUGAUAAUGGAUCUUCCAUAGACGAGGAACCAAGGAAGGAGCAGUCAUCAGUUCUGCCAUUCGCUUGUGACAUUUGCAAAAGUACAUUUUCCAGCUAUGCGAAAGCCGAUUAUCAUAAGAUUAUGAACCACGCGGAAGGGAAGUAUGAUUGUGCAACAUGUUCGAAGAAAUUCUAUUGGAAAAAACAUCACUAUCUUCAUUCCAAAGUUUGUGAUGCUGUCCAGGUGGAAACCAAAAUGGAAAUAACUGUAGAGGAAACAACGGAAAAUUUAUCCACUGUAACUGAGUGGGAUGGUGAACUUAUUUUGACAGACAGGAGUGACCCAGAUGUGGCGACAGAGAAUCUUGCGGGUGAUAAUGGAUCCUGUAACAAAUGUUCACAUUGUGGAAAAAAGCUGUCCAGUGCUGUUACUUUAUCUCGUCACAUUCUAAACAGCCAUGUACCAGUCCCAUGCAAAAUAUGUGGAAUUACAUUGUCCAGUCUUGCCCAAGCCCAGUAUCAUAAGAAAAUAAUGCAUAAGGAAUCAAGGUACAAGUGUCCAUAUUGUUCUCGGAAUUAUCUCGAGAAAAAACGUCUUCAAAACCAUGUCUCCAAAUGUGUGGAUAAUACAGUUCCCUGUGACUUGUGCGGUCUAAUGUUUAAAAAUCGAACCACAGCUAAUGAACAUAAGAAAAGAUUUUGCCGUGUUACUAAAGCAUCGAAAAAAAAUCAGAAUGAUAGUUUCAGUGAGCAGGAACAUUCCGAGACGAUUGACUCUGACCUUUCGGCGAAAGAUUACAGCGAGCAGAAAUCCAACUUGCAUCAAGAAAAGACAUCAGAUAUACAAGAAGAAACUGAUUCAUCCAACGUCAUAGAGAAAAUGUUGCGACCUCUACUUGAAACUGGAUUAUCCGGAACAAACUGUUCCUAUUGUGGCAAAGAGUUCUCCAAUAUUGAAUCUUUAUACUUUCACAUAACAAGUGUCCAUGAGGUGACCAAAUGUGAUAUCUGUGGAAUUACUUUCACUAAUACGUCCCGGGCCAAGUAUCAUAAGUCUCUCGUACAUAACUCGAAGUACAAAUGUCCACAUUGUUCGAUGAAAUUUUUCCGAAAAUAUCGUCUUCAAAGACAUGUAUUCAGAUGUGUGGAUUUGAAAGUUUCCUGUGAGAGGUGUGGUCGAAAAUUUAAAGAUUUAAACGCUGUCAAUGAUCAUAAGAAACGAGUUUGUCUUGCUGAUAAAGCUUUGAAUGAAGUACAAGAGCAAGGGCAGAAAAAGGCCGAUGCAUUUCAACUCACCUGUCCACAGCAGUACCCAAACAAACACGAUAAUUCUCAGUUCGGUGAGGAAAUUUCAUUUCUUCAAGAUGAAAAUUCAUCUAGUGGAUCAUGCAUGACUGGUGAGUAUAUUGGAAUCAAAAUGGAAAUCCAAGUAGAGGACACAGCAAUUCAGGAACAGGAAUCCCAAGUACCAAAUGAUGGCCGAGGGAAAUCAUCCAGCAGGACUUCGACCAGUGUUAGUCAGUUUGAGAUUUGCAAGCAUCCGCAAGGAAGCAUCUCAAAAACCGUUGCAUCUGAGGAUACAGAUUAUAAAAAUGGAAUUAGCAUCAAAGAGGAACGCCCUGAAGAAGAAGAGACCUUAAUCGUAUCGCUGAGUACAACGGAACCUUUCUAAUGUCAUGAAGAUGCAUAGAAUCUUCUAGUUUGUUUUAUCCAUUGCAAGUAAUAUUUCGAGAUUUGUGAACGUUUUGAGAUUGGGGAGACGCAACUGGAGUUGCCAGCGAUCGAAGCUUGUGGCGCUGAUGAUUAAAAGAAGGCUCACGGUAGUUUCCACGAGACGAUGCAGUUCCAUCCUUCCUAAGAGCGUAAUAAGCUAAAUUGAAUGCUAUCUGAAAUGAUAAUACGAACGAAUCACAUCACCUCGUUUCAAGUGUCGACUACUAUGCUAAAACAUGAUCCACAAUCAUCGCUUCCUCCGAAAUCAAAUGGUUGUCAAAAAUAACGUCCUCUAAGUUGUGCUUUAUUCAAAAGGCAACAAAGAAGAAACACGUUUCGGAUCAAAGAGGACGUUGGUAAUAAAGCCAAAUUGAUUUGAUAAGAAGCUGUUUUUAUUGCACAAUAUGCUUCAAAUCGCGAGUCGUGG